AUGGGCAACGGAAACUUUGGAAAUCUGCCGGAAACGGCCAAGACGGCAAGUGUGCAGCCGUACUCGAUCAAGAUUCCCCAACAAGAUGUGGCUCAGAUGCAACAGCUUGUCGGAAUCUCACCGAUUGCUUCACCUUGCUACGAGAACUCGCUGCCCAAUGGCGAGAACAAUUAUGGACUCAGAAGAGAUUGGCUAGUUGCGGCCAAGCAACGCUGGGCAAACUCCUUUGAAUGGAACAAGAUAGAGGCUAGGCUCAAUGGGUACAAUCACUUUGUCGCCAAGGUGCCCGACGAGCAGCUGGGACAGACAUUCGACAUACACUUUGUAGCAUUGUUUUCUCAGUCACGCCAACCAGUGAAGCCGAUUUUGUUCCUUCACGGCUGGCCCGGCUCAUUUCUCGAGUUUCUGCCAAUGUUGAACCUGAUCAAAGAGAAGUAUACGCCCGAGAACCUGCCGUACCACAUCGUCGUUCCGUCCCUACCGGGCUACCUGUUCUCGUCGCCCCCGCCGCUGGACCGCGACUUUGGCAUGAGGGACGUCGCGCGCCUGAUGGACAGCCUGAUGGUGGACCACCUCGGAUUCGGCGAGUGUGGGUAUGUCGCGCAGGGAGGCGACGUCGGUUCGCGCGUCUGCCGCGUCCUCGCGGCCAAGUACGAUCGCUGCCUGGGGACCCUGCUCAACUACAACCGCAUGAUGAAGCCGGAAGGGUCAGCUGGGCCUGAGACGUGGUCGGAGGAGGAGAUGGCGGGGAUGGAGCGGUGCAAAUGGUUCGACACGGUGGGGACAGCGUACGCCGUCGCGCACGCCACGCGGCCGAGCACCGUCGGCCUGAUCCUCUCCUCCAGCCCCAUCGCGCUGCUGGCCUGGGUCGGGGAGAAGUUCCUGGACUGGUCCGACCCCAGGUCCUACCCGCCCGACGAGGGACAGCGGUACAGCGCGGAGCUCAUGGACGAGGUCCUGCUGUCGGCGUCGCUGUACUGGCUCACGGGCACGCCGCACCGCUGCCUCUACAGCUACAGAGAGACGUACGACGUCGACACCGGGAAGAAGAAGUGGCACGAACUCCCCGAGUAUCACAUCCGCGCGCCCAAGAAGUUUGGCUUCAGCUGGUUCCCGCUCGACCUGGCGGCGAUACCCAAGGCUUGGAUCGAGACCACGGGCGAUCUCGUCUGGUUCCGUCGCCAUCAGGUCGGGGGUCACUUUGCGGCCAUGGAGCAGCCCGCGGCGCUGUUUGGGGACGUGGAGGAGUUCUGCAAGCUUUUUGGGUAG